AUGAAUAAAACAAUUGAAAUAUUCAAAUUUGAUGAUGAUGUUUAUCGUUGGUAUGCAGAUGCCAUUGUUUAUCGUGGUUUUGGUCCAUUAAUAGCGUGUCUUGGUUUCGUUGGUGGAACUUUAUCAUGCUUAGUUUUUCGACGCAAAGCUUUACGAAAAAAAUCCUGUUCAAUUUAUUUUCUAUUUUUGGCUUUAGCCGAUCUUCUAUGUAUGAUUUGUUGGUUAAUUCAUUUUGUUUUACCAACAUAUAAUAUUCAAAUCUUGACUUUGUCAAAUUUUUCAUGUAAAAUCUUUGUCUUUGCUAUGUAUUUUGCAUUUGAUUUGGCUAAUUAUAUUUUAACAGCAUGUUCAAUUGAUCGUGCAGUAAGUGUAUUAUUUCCCAUUGGAAGUCGACAAUUCUGUCGUCGACAAAUUGCAUAUACAAUCACAUUUGUUCUUGUUUUUAUUUUAACAAUCUUAAACAGUCAUUUUCUUUAUGGAUUUGUCAUUAUUUCUGCUAAUUCAACAUUAAAUACGAAAAUUGAAUAUUGUUAUCAUCGUGAUGAUUCUCUAACAUAUCAAAAAUUAUUCGCUGCUUAUGAUUCUUAUGUUGAUGUUAUCAAAACAAAUGUUAUUCCAUUUAUAAUUAUGAGUAUUUGUAAUUUAAUUAUUAUUUUUCGUGUUUGUCGUUCAAGUUCAUCAGUUUAUUUAACAAAUGGAAGAAAUGUUAAUCGAACAACGAAAUCAAAGAGAAAAUAUGAAAAAGAUCGACAAUUAACAUUUAUGUUACUUGGUUCAGCAAUUGCCUUUCUUGUUUUAACACUUCCAACAGAAAUUAAUGAUAUUAUUCGAUCGCAUUCAGGAGAAAAACUUGUCAAUGAAAAGAAAUAUUUAUUAUCUGCAAUUCUUCUUUCAUUUGCACAUCUCAAUUAUGCGAUUCAUUUUUAUAUUUAUACUUUAACUGGUGAAGUAUUUCGACAACAAUUAAUUAAAUUAUGGCCAAUAAAUAUUAUUUGGCCUUAUAUUCUUCGAUUACUUCGAUGUAAAAAGGUUAAUAAUUCAUCUGUAUCAACAAAUGAAAUGAAUUUAAAUCGUAAAAGACAAGGUGAUACGACUGAAAUGGAUCAAACAUUUUUUCAAACGGCAAAUAACAAUGAUGAUGAUGAUAAUAGUCCAAUUCUUUAG